GUUCGCGGGGGACCCGAUUGAAGGUCUCGGUUGGCCGGGAAACCAGAUCUCGGCGGGAACCGUGGAAUUCACUGCACACCCGAAGUGUCUGUGCAAAGUGAGCCACGAGAGGGAGGGAGGAGCAGGCCUGGGCUGAGCGAGGCCUGAGGCCAAGGGCGGCCAGAGCAGGGGGUGUCGGGAGCUGCCUGUGUCCGGAGGAAUCACUUUUUAGGCGCUUGUUUUGGACGAUCGCACAAAACACGGUUGCAAACCCAAGCUCACUAGCGUGAGUCAGCGAGGCCAGUAGCCAAGCGGAGAGGGGAAGGUGGGCGAGGAGGGCUCCGCGGUGCGGGCGGCAGGAAGGACCCGGUGGCGACUCCGGACAACCCCAGAGGCGGCCCCCUUCUCAGCUCGACAGGUGAGCGCCAGGCUGGCCGCGGGGCGGAGCCCGCACCAGCCUCCCUGCAAGGCGCCAGCACCACUGCGCAGGACCUGGGAACACAUCAAGCAUGAAAUAAGUGUUCAAUAAACACUUGUGAGCUCACUGAUGGAAUCAAUAAAUAGGUGGAUGUGAAGAAUAACAGCUGGACGCCAUUUUGCCCUUAGGCACCCUGUUUGUAAAUUCUUGCACAGCUCUCUAAGAGGGUGUAAGUGUCCAACCAACAGCACCACCUCUACAGGAGACUGCUACUAACGCCUUUCUAUCACCAGAGGGCGUAAGUGUCCAACCAACAGCACCACCUCUACAGGAGACUGCUACUAACACCUUUCUAUCACCAGAGGGCAUUAUACCUGGGUGCUGGCAACCAGCCACUCUUUCACCAAUGAAGUAUAUCCUGGUUACUGGUGGGGUCAUCUCCGGCAUUGGUAAAGGAAUCAUUGCCAGCAGCAUUGGGAGGAUUCUCAAAUCAUGUGGACUCCGAGUUACUGCCAUCAAAAUCGACCCCUAUAUUAACAUAGAUGCCGGGACUUUUUCACCUUACGAACACGUGCAGGGGAUGGAACCCAGGGCCUCGUGCAUGCUAGGUGAAGUAUUUGUCUUAAAUGAUGGUGGAGAAGUUGAUUUAGAUCUUGGAAAUUAUGAAAGAUUCUUGGAUAUUAACCUUUAUAAAGACAACAACAUCACCACCGGGAAGAUAUAUCAGCAUGUGAUCAAUAAAGAGAGGCGUGGUGAUUACUUGGGGAGAACAGUUCAAGUUGUCCCCCACAUUACUGAUGCUAUCCAAGAAUGGGUUAUGAACCAAGCCAAGGUGCCUGUGGAUGGUAAUAAGGAAGAGCCCCAAAUAUGCGUUAUUGAGCUGGGAGGCACCAUCGGAGACAUCGAGGGAAUGCCAUUUGUGGAAGCAUUCAGACAAUUCCAGUUUAAGGCAAAAAGAGAGAAUUUCUAUAAUAUCCAUGUCAGUCUUGUCCCACAGCCCAGUGCUACUGGAGAACAAAAAACUAAACCCACACAAAACAGUGUCCGUGCGCUGAGGGGAUUGGGUUUGUCUCCAGAUCUGAUUGUCUGCCGAAGUUCAACACCCAUUGAGAUGGCCGUGAAGGAGAAGAUUUCUAUGUUCUGUCACGUAAACCCUGAACAGGUCAUAUGUAUCCAUGAUGUUUCUUCUACCUACCGAGUGCCUGUGCUUUUGGAAGAACAAGGCAUUGUUAAAUACUUUAAAGAGCGAUUGGACCUGCCCAUUGGUGAUUCUUCAAGCAAUUUGCUUUUCAAGUGGAAGAAUAUGGCUGACAGGUAUGAAAGAUUACAGAAAACAUGUUCCAUAGCCCUGGUUGGUAAAUAUACCAAACUCAGAGACUGCUACGCUUCCGUGUUUAAGGCCCUGGAACACUCAGCCUUGGCCAUCAAUCACAAGUUGAAUCUGAUGUACAUAGACUCCAUCGAUUUGGAACAGAUCACCAAAAUCGAGGACCCUGUGAAAUUCCAUGAAGCUUGGCAGAAGCUAUGCAAAGCUGAUGGUAUUCUUGUGCCUGGGGGCUUUGGAAUCAGAGGAACAUUGGGAAAACUCCAAGCAAUUUCUUGGGCAAGGACAAAGAAGAUUCCCUUUCUAGGAGUUUGCCUUGGGAUGCAACUAGCAGUGAUAGAGUUUGCAAGAAACUGCCUUGAUUUGAAAGAUGCUAAUUCCACAGAGUUUGAACCAAAUGCCCUAGUUCCUAUGGUGAUUGACAUGCCUGAACACAACCCUGGCAAUUUGGGAGGAACAAUGAGACUGGGACUAAGAAGAACUGUUUUCAAAACGGAAAAUUCAAUAUUGAGGAAACUUUAUGGCAAUGUUCCUUUUAUAGAAGAAAGACACAGACAUCGGUAUGAGGUGAACCCGAACCUGAUCAACCAUUUUGAGCAGAAAGACCUAAGUUUUGUUGGUCAGGAUGUUGAUGGGGAGAGGAUGGAAAUCAUCGAACUGGCGAAUCAUCCUUAUUUUGUCGGUGUCCAAUUCCAUCCUGAGUUUUCUUCUAGGCCGAUGAAGCCUUCCCCUCCAUACUUGGGGCUCUUACUUGCAGCAACUGGGAACCUGAAUACCUACCUGCAACAGGGAUGCAAACUGUCCUCCAGUGAUAGAUACAGUGAUGCCAGUGAUGACAGCUUUUCAGAGCCAAGGAUAGCUGAGUUGGAAAUCAGCUGAAGCUAAUACAUGUCUCGGAAUAACGGGGACUGCCUAAAAGGCCUCUGAAGUAGUUGUAGUGAAGAUGAAGGAAUUAUCUGAAGAAAUCACCACACUCAUAAAGAAUCGCUUUGUUCUCCAAAUAUGGGAUAUAAAGGCUCAAAGGGAAUUUGGCAAUGUUUACUUCCAUGAACCAGAAUCAAAGGGGGUAGUUUUCUUCUCCUUCCAUAGGUGGCCUUUGGUAUUCACAAAUUUCCAUAGUUAAUUAAACUUUCCCUAGCAACAAUAAUGGGGGAGAAAGUAUGUCUGUGUUUUGUCCAGUGCAACAUGAUGUCAAGGUGGUGAGCAGGGAUUCAGGUAAUUGGGCCUUCCUGGUGUUAUGUGGCAGGGCACAUGCCGUAAUUAAUUUUGAGUAAAAAAUGAUUUGUUUUGUUACCUGGAACUCAUCCUCAGGUUCAUGUGUGGAUGAAGAUUAUUUCAAUUUCUCACCCUGCUUAUUUCCAGUUAAAAGUGAAAUUUAGCAGGUUGAAGACUUGGAGUGGCAAAUAAGGGUCUCACCUUAGACACAAUAUCCAAAAAACUCAGGAAUCAAGAUCAGUAAUAUAUACAAAUUUUUAAAUUGAGGUAAAAUUCACAUAACAUAGAAUUAACCAUUUAAAAGUGAAUGAUACAGUAGCAUGCACCGAUGUGCAACCACCACCUUUAUCUAGCUCCAAACAUUGUCAAUAAUCCAUAAUAAAUCCCUGUACCCAUGAGCAGCUCCUCCUCAUCCCCCCUCUUCGUAUCCCCUGGCAAUCACAAAUCUCUCUUUGAUUUGUAUAAAUUUUCCUAUCCUGUAUUUCCUAUCCAUAUAUUUCAUACAUGUGGAAUCAUAUAGCGUGUGACCUUUUGUGACUGAUUUCUUUCAUAUAUUGUAAUGUUGGUGAGGCUUGUCCAUGUUGUAGCAUGUAUCAGAACUUCAUUUCUUUUUAUGGCUGAAUAAAAUUCCACUGUAUAUUUCUACCACAA